AUGUCGUCCCUCGUCCAGCUGCCGGCUCACGUGCCGUCAACGUUUCAACUGAAUUUCGAUGAAGUCCGAAAUAUUCCAAACGCGCCGGAAGUCGAUUGUGAAGGGGGCGUAUUGACGAAGACAGAGGAGUACGAAGAAAUCGAUCCUUCCGACGGUUGCACCGUCCGAAUUUUCACCUACUACAUCGACCUGCCCAACCAGGAGCAACUCACAAAAACUGUGCGGCAGAAAUUGCAAUUCGCGUGCACACAGAAAAUGACAAGGACGAGUUUAGUGGGAUCCGAGGCGCAGGUCGUCGAAAACUGUCAACGCAUAAGCGGCGACAUUCGAGGCAUGCGUCCCAUCGAGUUCACUAAUAACUCCCGUCAAAUAUGUCUGGACCAGCAUAACCUGCAAUUGGAUUUGAGCAAUGAGCAGGACCAACAAAUCGACCGUGUUCUCAACCAGGUUCCCGACACUUUUAUGAACGUGCUAUCCAAGGAAAAAGACAUGUUUAUCAAAAUGUACCCGGACUUGUUCAAAGCCAUGCGAUCUGAGUCAUCCCUAAUACCGUCUACAGUAACCGAGGUGAUACAAAAUGAGGACGGAUCCACGACGACCAGAACACGGAAAAGCAAAUCUUAUAGCUCCCACUUCUCCCGUCAAUCGACAUAUGUGAAUGGAGUGAAGACAAUGUCAAAAAGCAAGUUCAGAGCGUUUGUGGAAUAUCAGGGCCCAGAAGGCGGAUUCCAAGUGAAACUCUCCGACGGUGAAGACCUUCCGUCAGAAGACGAGCUGGAGGAGGACGACACCAAAAGUCAAUCAUGUAUCUCAGAAAUCGAUUCGGACUCGGAUAUUACUGUUCCAUCCUCUCAUAAGACGGAUUUGGAGAAACGGUAUCAGAAGGCGUGGUACGCCGCCAAAGAGCUGGUCGAUAGUGAGGAAAGAUACGUGGAAAAGCUGAAAUUGUUGGGAGAUACGUUCCGCAACCGUCUGAUCAAAGAAGAAGUGCUGACAAACGACAAAAUCACACGUCUCCUCGCCAACGUCUCGUCACUUUACCAAUUUCAUAAUACUCAUUUUUUGCCGCAGUUGAUGAACUCGAUUCGCGAAUGGAGAGUUACCAAGAGAAUCGCUGACGUCGUGCGCAAACAAGCGCCCUACCUAAAAAUGUACUCCGAGUACACCAACAACUACGACCGAGCGUCCAAACUGUUCGAGGAGCUCAAAAAGAAGAAAAAAUUCGCGGAUCUCGUCAAAGAGAUCGAGAAACAACCGGAAUGCGAGGGUCUUCCGCUAGUCCAUCAUCUGAUUUGUCCGGUGCAGCGUGUGAUGAGAUAUCAGCUUUUGCUACAGGAAUAUAUCAAACAUUUGAGGCCAGAUGACGCCGAUUAUCGCGAUAGUGAGGAGGCGUUGAAGUUGGUGUUGGCGGCGGCGGCACACGCUAACGAAAUGAUGAAAAAAUUGGACCGCUUCGGAAAAGUGAUUGAAGUCCAAGAACAACUCGGAAACUCGAUAUCCCUCGUCUCUCCGGGUCGUGAACUUUUGAAAUCCGGUGCGAUUCAAAAAAUCUCGUCUACCACUGAAAAAACAGAGGACCGCUUCAUUUUCCUAUUCAAUGACUUGGUGAUUUUGGCGAGUGAACGAAAGAUGAUCGGAAUGGCAAAGUAUAAGUUGAGGGCGGUGUUCAGUGCGUCUCAUAUGCAGGUGUGCGAGGGUGACAAUCUGGAACGUGAGCACUCGUUCUAUUUGCGCGGGUCGGAUGGCACUGGACCGAAACGGUGCGUCGAAUUAUUCACCCCGACGCAAAAAGAAAAAAACGAAUGGGUCGAGGCGAUAUCGGCGAAUAUUGAUGAGGCCAAGGCGAAUAGCUCAAUGUUUACUACUAGCUCGAGAAGCUCAAUAAGUGAGAACGACAACAACAACUCGAUUGAGUCGAAACAUUGUGCGGAUUGUGAUAGUGAAUUUGGCUUCCUGACCCGCGGCGCGAAAUGCGUCAAAUGCCAUCGGCGCCUCUGCAAAAAAUGUUUCGGUCGUCACCGAAACGAGUCGAAAAAGUCUCGAAUAUGUGACACCUGUACCAAAAAUAUGGAUCUCGACGGAAUUCCGAGGAGCUUCUCCACUCAGAGCACCACAAAUUCAAGGACCAAUCGGCUACAAGUACCCGCACGGGGUCCAGGUGUCUUGCACUCCAGUCAGAUUAAGUUCCGCGGCUCACUUGGCAAACCCACCGACCGGUUUUGUGUCGUUCGAGAUGACUUCUGCAUGUAUACCUAUUUAUCAGAGGAGGACAAAACCGCCCUGGCAAUGCUACCUCUCCCCGGUUGUGAAGUAAAAAUUUGCGGAGAAAAAUUCACGUUUUCCGUCCGCGUCGGCGCCCGUCGAAUGUACACAAUGACGGCGCAAGACGAGGAGAAUCAGAUGAAAUGGAUGGCGAUUCUGGAUUUGGCCGCCAAUGCGCAUCUCAAAAAUCAACGGAAUUCCGGAUCGGAACAGUCGGAAUCUGGAUGA